UCUUCCCAGAAUCUCCCCUGGCAACCACAGAGCAGGUAAACUAGUACUGGCAUAAUCAGUUACCUAUUAUUGAUGGUAGUGCUAAUGGCAAGCCUUUGGCUGGGGCUGAGAGUCGGGCUUCAGUAACACUGGGAGGGCUACAGAUCGGACAGUAUUCAUAUAAGACAUUGUCACUAUCUGUCCCUGCUGUUUUGUGCUGCCACUUUCUUUAUUACCACCUACUUCUGGCAGCUGUUCCCUGCAGGCACCACUCUGAGCAGCAUUUAUUUUCCUCUGCUCUUAGUUGUAGGAAUAUAUGCCUGUUAUCGCCACCUAGUGGAUCCCAUAUAAACUACAUGUUUUUAGCAGGGAAAAAAGUGAGCUUUGAAAAUCAAAGGAUUUGAGGAAAGUUCAGGGAGAUAUAUUUGUAUGUAGAGCAGCGUUUGCCUAUACGUGAGUAAGUGAGGGCAAUGUAAGUUAUAAACUGUGGACGGUGAGGUCUCCUAGCAACAGGCAAUGCCAUCAAACAGCUGUUCCUGCUGUCAGCAAUUGCAAGGGCCCAUUGACUCAUCCAGCCUAUCAGCAGAGUGUAUGCUAAUAGCCAGCCAAUAGGAGAUAAGUGGAGGCAGAGCUAAGGCAGUGGGCAUGACUGAUUGUGGGCGGGGUUUCCAGAGCAGGGAGCAAUAAGGAGGCAUAGCUGGUACUGAGCUUAUAGGCUGCAGCUGGCAAGGGUACCAUUGGCAAUAAAUCUGAGUGCCCUUCCAUACUGAUAUUGCUCUGCUUUUUUUGUAUUUUGUUAGUAGCUUUGAGUGCCCUGGCUGCCUGGCAUUUCUAUAACUAAUGUGGCAGUGAGCAGGGGUGGCCAUGGCAUUACUCAUUAGCCUUUCUGACUUGGCUAACCUGUCCAUUGGCACCCCAGAAGCAGGGGCGGUGAACUUCAAUGCCUUGCGCACCCUCCUGCAUGCCAUCCUCCAGCACUUGCACCUCCAGGAUAUUAAGGCCGAAGUGUCGGAGGCGGCGGGGUGGGCACGUAUGGAUGGCACAGAGCAGCCUGGGAAGGUGCCAGUGGGUUACCGGCAGAUGGAGGAGAGAAUGGAGCGCGUAGAGAAGCAGAUGGAAGCGCUGAACAGGUUGCCCACUGGAUCUGACCUGAUAGAAAGGGCAGGGGGUGCGACCCCCGUGGAGGACGUGUGGCACAUGUUGCAGAUGAAGAAGAGGAUUGAGGCCAAUGAAGACGGGGUAUCUACGGCAAUGGGGCUUCUGCAGGAUCUGCUAAACAUCACCACUGCCCUUCAGGAGGCCAACAAGGACUUUCAAAGCCAACUACAGAAAGUCAGAGAGUCUGUGGAACUGACUAUGCAAGAGGACAUCCAAAAAUGUUUGAGCCAAAUGGAGCUGCAAAGAUCAGAUGUAGAGAAACUGGCCCAGGUGGAGCGGGAGCUCCUGUCCCUCCAGCAGCGAAUGGGGGAUCAAGAUACAAUGCACCAACAACUUAACCAAAUGGAGUUACAGAGGGUCGAGGAGGCCAAGCUGGCCAAUGUCCAAGCUGAGUUAGAGUCCAUUCAGAAGUGCCUGGCAGAUCUGGAAGAGAGGCUGAUGCAGUAUCCCAGCCCAAGCGAGCUCAACAACAUGGUGGGGUGGGAUAUCCUGCGAGAGACACUUGUGACGUGCGGCACGGAUGCUGAAACGUCAUGCACUGACCUUCCCACCCUAGGAAAGGUGGUUCGGGAUUUAGAAACUGGCUGGACUCAAACCAGCGACCCUGCAUAUGCCACUGUCUCCACUCAGGCUGUAGCCUGCAGCGCCGAGGUACCACCCCAGGGCCACGUGCCUCAGGUCACAGUGGUUUCUCCACCAUGUGAGGAGCCAUCCCUGGCAGAAGGUCCAUCACAAGCUGCACUGGACCCGCUGCUGGGGCCUGCGUCCCAAACUGAAGGGGGUGCUCUUUCACCACAAACUGCGGUGUCUUUUCAGACCUUUCAGGAAGGCCUACAGUUUUCAACAGGCUUGCCAUCUACUCCUCCUGGUGGCCCAGUGCCCCCCUGCAGUGCUGUUAACCCCUCUGUCUCCACCCACCCACCUGGAUCUCCUAUGGUGGGUCCCCCCAGCACAACGCCUGCCCAGCUCCCUGGGGUAACUUUUGUUCCUGAGCAGCUCACUGACCAACCCAACAACCCCGCUGCCAUAACAACAGAGAUCAGCAGCCAACUAGCCUCCACCAGUCAACCCAUCACUGGUGCAACCAUUCCAGUUGUCCCCUCCAAUGGAAACAGCAGAGCUUCCCAGCGCUAUGCAGAUACAGUGGAGGCUCUGCGUAAAAUGGGAGCUCUAACAGACAAAUACAGUGUUCUGCGGGAGAGAGUGGAGGCACUGCUGAGAAACAAGGCUGAUCGAUCAGAACUGAAAGCACUUUUAGAAGGAAGAGGGCAACUAACAGUACCAGAUGGCAGUAACAAUGUCGCCGGCCUGCAGGAGAAGAUGAACGUUGCUAGAUUCAUGCAGGAAAUAAAAGCAGAGAGGGAAAAGGAUGGGGAACUGAUUGGUGAUCUCCAAACCAAACUGCUAACAUUCCAAGGCGAGUGUGAGAGGUUGGAAAAGUCUUUGGCUGAGGAGCAGCAGCAGACACAGAAACACAUAGAUGUUCUCUACGAGAAGCUGGACAAACUGGAGGAGAAGAAAGCCGACAAAGAACACCUUGAGCUGGAAAUAGAUGUGAAGGCAGAUAAGCAGGCUCUGGAUGGGAAGGUGAGCCGUGCCCAGUUUGAUGCCACCGCUGAGCAACUGAACAGCAUAGUCCAUGAGCUUCUGGGGCGAGUGAGCGGACAGGAACAAGACUGGCAGAAAGUUCUGGAAAAACUAAACAUGGAAAUGCAGAACAAAUUAGACCGUAUGGAAUUAGACCCAUUUAAGAAGAAGCUGGAGGAGCGCUGGAAGUCUAUCCGUCGGCAGUUGCAAGAACGCUCACCCCAGUAUGAGGCAGAUGAGGCCGCAGGCAUCCGAAAGCAACUGAUUUCCCACUUCCACUGCCUCUCCUGUGACCGCCCUUUGGACAUCAGCAUGCCGGGCCCGCCAAUACUGACCAUUCCUAAUGUUCCUGGCCUGCCGGUUCAUCGUUCCACAAGGCCACAGAGCGUGUACGAACUGGAGCAGAUCCGCCAACACUUCUGCAGUGACCGCGCCCAGGAAUUGGCCGAUUACAGCUGCAUGUCCAGCAUGCGGAACUGUGGGGGUAGCCACACGCUGACCUACUCCCAUCGACGCUUUCCCAAGCUGCAAAACAUCACGCCGAGAAAUUCUUCUGAAGAAGGCAGCGCCGCAUUUGCCCAGAAAGUGGGUGGAGACAUAAAGUGCGAGGAGAUCGAUAUACUUGGGCUGGACGGUCACAUCUAUAGGGGAAGGAUGGAUUCCCGCCUCCCGGCCAUUUAUAACGUCAGGGACGGACUUUCCAAGGCAAGGCUGAAACUUUCCCAAACUUCACAGAAAUCGAUUCUGUCCUGUGAUUCCCGCCCCCAGAGUGCCAAGUCUACUAGACAAUGUUCUACAGACCUCCAUUCUCCAUAUCCUACAGCGGGAAUCUCUCAGGAGCGCCCAGGGUCUGCCCAGCUUUGGCCUCUCCGGAGCCACGAAUCCCUGGAGAUUAGAAUGGACACAGCCAUUGGACCCCAGUGUACGGACGAGCCCGUCAUGUGAAAUAAAUCUCCUCUAUGCA